AUAAUUUUAUUAUUAAACCAGUUGUCUCCAGCAGGGGGAUACUUAAAGUAAGAAGACAAUUUUUUUUUGUAGUUUUCCAUAUUCUUUUAAUGAAUACUUUUGGCAUAUACCUUCUAUUUUAGAUUUAAUUUUGUUUCUGGUCUGGUCAUUCCACAUUGGAGAAGUAUCUCAGCAACCUGGCUUUUCCUCCUGAGCUAUCACACUAUCAAUAUCUUUCUUUUUACUGAUAGGCCUGCCCUUGAAAUAUUUCUGUUAUUUUCUAGUGUAUGUUGCUUUCUGAGUCAAAUGUAGAUGGCACCCAAAUGGCAUCGUUAAUGUUUCUCUGUCAGAUCUGAGUUUCCUUCCAAAAGGCUGAGAUAUAACUCUUUGAGCUGCUUUCAAUAUUUCUGUAGCACAAUGACAUAUUUUGUUUCUUUAACAGGAUUGCACGUUCUUCACUCGGAAGGAAAUCCUUCGGUUGCAUGGCCGAUACCAUGAAAUGGCACCAAACGUUGUGCCCAUGGACUAUACAAAGGACCCAGAUGUUAAACUACCUAUGCAGCUUAUAAUAAACAUGCCUGAGCUGAAGGAGAAUCCCUUCAAAGAAAGGAUUGUGGAGUCUUUCUCAGAAGAUGGAGAGGGGAGCCUGAGCUUCAAUGACUUUGUGGAUAUGUUCUCCGUGCUCAGUGAAAUGGCUCCCCGAGAGCUGAAAGCAAUCUAUGCCUUUAAGAUUUAUGACUUGGAAAAAACCCUCAAUAAGCUGACCCGGGAAGAGCUGACAGCAGAGGAAAUUACUCUGGUUUGUGAGAAGGUGAUAGAAGAAGCUGACAUGGAUGGUGAUGGGAAAUUAGGAUUUGCAGAUUUUGAAAACAUGAUUUCCAAGGCACCAGACUUUCUCAGUACUUUCCACAUAAGAAUCUGAAGAUGUUUCUGCCAGUCCAACCUUUCUGAAUCUCAGGCACUCCAGGGAGUUUUGCCCUCUAAUGAGGGCUUCCUAGAACUCAGCAGAAAGUACUGAAAGAAUUCUGGUCCACAAAGAGACAGAAGCAUCAUGUGAUCUACAGGAUAUUUGGAACAGACACAUUUUUAUCUUCUCUGCUGGCCAAGCACUCUGGCGAAGAUGGUUGGUUGUUGGAGUGUGGUAUUUCUUUUUUUGCCCCUUUUUUUCAACAGUCAGAAUCAGAAUAUUAUUAAAGGUAUUUCCACAGAGUUUUUAUAUUUAUGAAUAUUUAAUACUGUUCUUAAUAGUGAAAAAAACCCAAAACCAAAAAACUGAGAGAUUAGCUUUGGUGUGUUUUCCAAGAGUAUUUGAAAGAAAGCACGGGCCUUAAAUAAGGAGAUGCCUCUAUCACUGUGUUGUACAGCUGGGAUCUUGCAUGGAAAAUACCUGAGGUGAAAGAACUGCAGUCAAGAUCAAGCUCCCAGUGUUGAAGACAGCCACAGCCCAGGUUUGCCUUUCAGCCACUAAAAUGGCAACUUCUGGGUUUGGUGCUUACCUUCAACCAAUGGAUUGUUGUGUCCUUAUAAAACUUGAAAUAUUUGCCUUUUGUAUAUGAUAACUGUGUUAUUUUCUUCCCAAGAUAAAUGUUAAAACUGUGUCCUUAUUCUCAAAGGGGCUCCUGCAUUUUACUCAUUCUAUGGGCAGAUAAUGUUCUUGAAUGGAGGAACAUGGUCAUCUGUAACUCAUGAAGAAGUUGAAGAAGCACAGAACUACUAUUAAGGACAUGAAAAGAUAUUUUCUUUUGAAACAAGCUAUGCAAUCUCUCCCAUAAAAUGCAUGAAUGCAGUUAUAUCUUUUUAUUUCCUCUGCAGCUGGAAAUCAGCUAGAUCUCUUAUUUUCUUUUUUUUUUCUUUUUUUUUCUUUUUUUUUCUUAUUUCUUCUUUUUUUUUUUUUCUAAAUAAUUUUUACCUCCAGUAUUGUUUAGGUACUGGGACCUGAAGACAAUCAUAUAUGUAUUAAUUAUUGUACUAACAGUCAAUAGAAGGGCUCUGUCACUUACAUGGCUUCUGUAUCAAGGUCAUUACAAUUAAAACUUUUGAAGCAUUCUGUUGUGCUUUGAGACUCUUUAGGCUGACCACAUACUAAUUUCCUUUCUGAUCAUUAUUCCAAUUACUAUAAAGUUAAAUCUUACAAAGAAUGAAAUGUGUUAUAUAGAAAACUGUUAAGUAGAGAAUCUAACCUGUUUAUAAUUUCUGUAGGGAUGGUGAUGCCUGUCUACCUCAGAAACUCUUCUGUGUGGUGAGCUUGCAGGGUAGCUUUGCUGUUCAGAUUUACACACUACGAAUAAAGAAGAAAUAUUUCUCUAGCAGUAUGUGUGUACAUUAAAAGUUUCAGUGGAAAUUUUGGCUAUUCAAAGUAUUCAGGACAGACAUGUCUAAGAUUGCACAGUGAAAAUGACAGUAAUUUUUACAUUUAUUUGUAAUACAUAUCUUAGAGCUAUCAUGCUCAUUGAUGUUUAUAGCAUUUUAAUGCUUCCUCCUACUGAUUUCUGUUUAGGUAAAGAAAUUAAAACCUGAAUUCCUUUAUCCAAGUUAAAAUUAACAGAAAUCAAUCCUCAAAUUAAGUUCUGAUUGAGUAAAAAGAGAUUCAAGCCUGUUGUUCAUUUUGAGCAGAUUAAGUUAGAUGUAUCAGCUGACUCAAAAUAUUUGCAAGACAUCGGCAUUAAAAGAGAUUAUGUUAAAGUUACUUCCUCUUAAUUGAAGGAUCAGCGUAAUUUUAUAAAAAUUUUUUUCAAGACAGACAUUUAAUCUUGGAAGCCUUACGAGGUGUGUAGGAAGAUAUGAUUAGGAUGUAUUUGUAAAAUACUAGGUUACAAAAUCUGGGAUCAGAUUAUCCAGAUAAAAAGGGUCUGGUGCUGAUGAUAUAGGUCAGUUCCUUCUGGCAUCAACAUUCCUCUGUGUGUAAUGAUUGUUAUUAGCUAAAAUUCCUGUUUUCUUGACAGUGUGUGUCCUUCUUGGGUUAUAUCAUACUCCGCUCUUAAAGGAUGAGUGGCCUUGGAAGUGCUCAGUGUGUUGUUUCCUUGGGUCCUCCCUGACCUAAAUGUCAGAAAGCCCUUAGGAGACAUGUGAGCUUGCAGCCACAUGUUUGACCUUGGAAUCAUCCACCUCAGCUGAGUAACAAAGAGAGAAAUAAAUGAGGAGCACAUUGUGGAGAAAUAUUCCUGUUCAUAGAGACGUGUUCUUGCAAAAUAUUGCAGAUACAAAUGUGUGCAGCUGUCCUAACUGCCUUUAUUUUUUUGACUUACAUUCAUGUCCUGUAAGAAAAACCAGAGCAACAUUGUGUGUUCCUGGCAUUUGAGAAAGAUCUGUACACUCAGCCCUUCAGCUCUGCCUAGUGGUGGGUGAGUAUUUCCAGCACCUGAUGGCAAAGGUGAGGGAUGGAUUUCUGAACAGCUUUGAAUUGGUGCUUGCACAGUUGUCUGUAGCUGGAUGCCUUGUGACUGGCAGUUUUCUUACAGCAAGAUUGUUGAGUGAGUAGUUCAGUGGGAUGCAAAUUUAAUCCUGUCACAAGGCACCAAACCUGCUGGACUUUGGCAAUUGUAUUACUGGCACAAUCUAGCAGAUUCUCUAGCAAGUGUUUCUUCAACCAGCCUUACUCUCAAAGAACUAUCAGGCCAUGUGGAAAGAAACUGGAACAGUAAAAGAGGUUUAGAUUAAAACAGUUUUGGAUUUGGCCCAAAAGUCAGAGGACAUACAUUUUGAAUUGCAGAAAAGUGUUAAAUAUAAACAGACAUUAAUAUAUUUUUUCAAAAAUGGACAAAGAAAAAUGAAAACCAUUACCUAAAGCCUCUAUCAAAACAGCUGUGUGUGUGUGAUCUCUCAUUUAUAUACAGUUAAAGCAUCUUGGGGACAAAACAAAGAGUUGUGAAAGUAAAUAAAACAGUAUCAAAAAGUAAGAAAUAACUUGGUUAUAAUAAUUGAUCAUUGUUUUAAGGAAAUACUGUAAGCCAAGAUUUGCAACAGCCUGCAGGCCAAAAUCUGAUUUGCAUUACUUCCACAAUAAUCUCCAGUAACUGCUGACUUCAGUGGAAUUAACUCAUGUCUGUAAUUGGAUCUGUGUUGGGGAAAGUACUUGAGGUUUUGCUGCAGUUCUUUGUGCCCUCUCAUGCCCUUUGAUGUAAUCUUCAUGUGCUGAAUGCUCUUCUCUUAACCAAUAACCACAUGCUCUUCUUUGUCAACAGGCUCACUGUUGGAAUCUCUUGCAAUUUAUUGCAGUCACAGAGGAACAGUCUCCUUUCUUUUUAUCCCUAGGACUAAUUUUUAUUUCCUUGUGCAUCUUAGAGGCACUUACGAUGGAACCUCACUAGGUGGCACCACACCACCAUAGCGAGUCAGAACUUCAUAACUUCAUUUAACAGUUUAAAUGUCCCUGAAAUACAGGAU